AUGGAGGCACAAUUACUCCUCCUCCUUCUCCCCUUCCUCUUCCACCUCUCCUCAGCAGCUCAGCUCUACAACAUUGCAGACUAUGGCGCUAAGCCAGACGGCUCUCAUGACUCUGCUUCUCAGCUCGCCAUUGCAUGGACUAAGGCUUGCUCCUCCAUCGUCCCUGCAACGCUGCUUAUUCCUCCUGGCAAGUUCUUAGUAAGCCAAGCCUUGCUGCAAGGUCCUUGCAGAAACAAUAAAAUCUUAAUUGUCAUAAAGGGAAUUAUCAUGGCUCCUUCCUCUUACACCUCCAACGAGCAAUGGAUAAUCUUCAAGAGAGUGAACGGCCUCACCAUCUCUGGAGGACUAUUAGACGGCCAAGGCCAAGCUCUCUGGUCUUGCAAGAACAGCAACAGCAAAUGCCCAGAAGGAGCCACAUCUCUCUCCAUCGCUUACUCUAACAACGUAUGGAUUGACAGAGUUAGCUCAGUGAACAGCGAGCAGUUUCACAUUACUAUAUAUAGAAGCAGCCAUGUGAAGGUAACGCGAGCUGUUAUUACAGCACCAUUUGAUAGUCCUAAUACUGACGGAAUACACAUUGAGGAGUCGAGCGAUGUGGAGGUGAAAGAGUGCAGAAUUGGCACAGGCGAUGACUGUAUAUCAAUGGGGCCUGGAGACAGUAAUGUAUGGAUAGAGAAUGUAAGGUGCGGGCCCGGCCAUGGCAUCAGCAUUGGGAGCUUGGGUUCUUCAAGCAACCAGGAUGGUGUGAAGAAUGUUCGGAUCCCAAUAUGCUUGAGUUGGGUUUUGAUAGACUGCUUCUGGCUGGAUCUCAUUCACGGAAAUUUUUUUGCUGCUCUCGAAGUAUCAGGUCCCUGGAUGGCUUCUUUGGCAACCUUGUGCUAUUUUAUUUGGCUGAUUUUCGAUGCAGGAUGA